UCCCAUCCAUAUAUGAUGUUAAUAGAGAUUUAAUUCUUUUAUUUCAAGUAAAUAGAAUACAUUAUGCGACAAACCAACAAUAAAAUCAUUUACACGAUAAUUUGUUGGUAUCCCUCGCUAUUUACGGGUUUUCGUUCCAUUAGGAAUCAGAAUAGAAGCGUUGACUGAGACAUGCGGUUACCUAUCUUUUCGCUUGAGAGUGUAAAUAAAAUUGAAAUUACGUCAUAAAGAUAAUGCAUAGGGUUAUUUUCAUUUUCUAAGCCCUAAACGAAUAUCCUCGCUAGAUUACUAAGCUAUAGUUUCAUCAGAAGCAUUUGAGUGAUAUUCCUUGCUAGUACAUCCUAGUUAUACUUGUUCUAUAAUCAGUACUCCGAUGCGUAAUAUUGCGUCUAGUAUCCGGCUAAUUGUCAUAAACUAUCAUUUAGAAAAUUAAGCUUUGGAUAAAGAAAUGUUUUCAUUCAUUCCCUUACAUAAAAAAUGUGUUGUUAUUUCUGUAUUCAGAGGUAGGAUCACAAUAGCUAUUAUUUUAUUCUUUGGAUAAAUCUAUCACACCGUUCUGAGCAAAAAAACCUUUAUUGCACUUUCUUACAUGGACUAGGGAUAGACACAAAAAAACAUCUUAAACCUAUCGAUUAAAUAUAUCGAUUGUAUCUAGAACUAUGUUCUAGUUACUAUUUAUUGUAACUAGCGCAUCUCCAUAUGGAUGGCGAGCGCGAACUCACGUUGUCAUUUUCAAGAAAAUGACAUCCUUUUUCCUUCAAAUUAGGUUUUCUAUUAUCACUGUGUAUGUAUCUUAUACAUAUUGUAUACUAUCUCAGGUUGAAUAUCAUUGUUUUUUUGACAUAUCACAGAAUCUGUAUAACCUUUUAAUAUGCAAAAUUCCAAUAACAACAUUUUCAAAUAACUUAUUUAACCCUCGGAUAGUUUUUAUUGGAACUCUGAGAUGACAUCUCGGACUAAUAAGUGUAUUUGUUCGUUGACAACAAAUUACAUUGGAGAUAAUAGUAAUUUAAUUUCUUAUCAGAAUGACUUCGGAAGAUGAUGCUUGGGCUCAAACUCUUAUCACGGUAACCCCAGAAGACGAUGCAACGUUAAGGGAAAUUUUGGAUACAGCGACCGUGUCGUCAACACCGGACAAACACCUAGUUCUUGAUGCUGAUAAUAUUGUAUAUAGACGAUCGUUUACUCACAAACAAUUUGUAGAUUCUAAAAAAACGAAAGACGAAGAGCCGGGAGAACCAGAAGAAUCAGAAGAAGUAGAACAACCAGAAGAAUCAGAAGAAGUAGAACAACCAGAAGAAUCAGAAGAAGUAGAACAACCAGAAGAGUUAGAAGAAGUAGAACAACCAGAAGAGCCAGAAGAACCAAAGGUCCAAAUUGAACAGAGGUCGAAAGAGGAUGCAGAAAGCCAAACGUAUCUACAAGGAAUACCAGUUGUGCACAUUUCUAUCGAAUAUCGGGACGAAGCCUCGCAAACGAUAUACAUGAGCACGCCAUGUCCGCCUUUAAAAUACUUUAAGGAUAUUAUGACGUCAAUGAAGGAAGGUCCCAUGCCUGAAUUAAAGAGAAGCAAUGUGGCAGCAACUAUUCUUAGCUUCCAUCCCGAAACACCGCAUGAUGUUGUGAUGGAACAACUGUCCAUGGACGUCACAGAUGAAGAACGCGAAGUGUUCGAGUCCAAAGUUAGCGCCGAAGAGGAAACAGAAGUGGAAAUUACUGAGAUUUUGAAUUUUCUACUAGCGCGUGCAUUUUGGAUAGACGAUCCGACGAGUCAAGCACAAGCCGAGACGUCUGAUAAAGCGACGCAAACUUAUAUCAAAUAUAACAAUCGAACGAAAAUCUUCGUUGUAGAUAGUCAAGUACAGACAGGUUUGAGUUGCGAACCGAAACAAUCUAAUACGAUGCUUUUAACGGAUUAUUGGGAAACGAAGAAAAUGAUUUCAAGUUACUUAGACGAUUGUAUUUCCAAAGGAAUCGACGUUAGGAUCGUAAUAGACGAUAUAAUAGAUGAAAUUGUCGACAAGUGUGCCGGAAGGAUUAGAUAUCCCAUGAAAGAACAAAUUAUACAAACCAUAGCUACGUACAAAUUAGAUGAUGAGAAAGAGGAAGACGUGUUGAGAAAAUUGAAACUCGAUAUGGUAGUGGACCCCCUAGAAGCAUCAAUUAUCGUCAUACCUUUGAUGGAUAAUUUGGUGGAAAUGACUUGCAACGUUGUAUCUGAAAAUGCCAUUCAUGCCGUUCAAAUCAUUUUGAAGGGAAUUCUUCAGCGAACAAUGAUUAUUAUCGUAAAACUUAUGGAACUGCAGAAGCAAGCGCAACGUAAGUCGAUAGAUCAAAUAUUGGCUACAAGAAAGAAGAGAAUUCUUGAGUCGAUGACAAAGAAAGAAACGGAAACAAUUUCUACGCAAACAAGUAUAGCUGCAAUUUCGGAAGUCAAGAAAAUAAAAAAAUCGAAGGAAGUUCUAUGUUCUGUCUGUAGAAGACAAUCGAUGUGCCAGUGGUGCUUGAAUGAUCAAGAAGUAGAAAGUGUUCGAAAAGAGGAAAUUAAGAUACUUCGUACACAGGAUAUAUUGCUAGCGUAUAAACCCUGUUAUAUCGUGACUAAAAUGACUGAAAAAGAUGAAAAUCUCCAACCACCUUGCCCUUCAGAAACGAAGCUCAAACCUCCCCUACAACUUCCCCCGAUAGGUUCAUGCGGAGAAUCUCGUCGUACAAUCUGUGUAUUCUUACAAGGUGACAAAGAGAUUGGACCUCAAGAAUCUGUUAACGAAUGGUCUUAUGUAACGGACGCUACAACGAUGAAAGCAUGUUCGAUAAAAGAAUCUGUGAGUAGCUCAAGUCAGACAAUUGUAACUUUGCUAGAUCAACAAAUUUGCCCGCCUUCUUCCAGCAACCAUAGUACAUUAACUUCCCAAGCAGCAAAUGCCUUACAAAUAUUAAAAAAUACAUUUUGUACCCAAGAAAACUAUAUUACUUCCUCGCAACAGACUUUGAAAAAUUAUUCGUUUACGAAGAAUGAAGACGCGUGUACUAAAUCAAUUUGCAAUGCAUGUUUAAGUAUAAAUAACAUAAGUAAUAAAAUGGUCGGACAAAAAAUCUCUUGCACGCAACAAACCUGUAAAACUUUCUCAAAGUUACAUCUGCCCAAUACAAAUACUUACAUCAACCACACCCCUUCACGCAUUCCUAACAAAUCACAUGGAGACGGUUUAAAAAUUAUUCCUAUAUAUCUCUCUCAAGACACUCGUACCUGAUAAUUGCAACAAUUAAUUAAUAAUAAUUACUGCAUAUUUCCAUGAUAACAAUUAAAUGUAUAUACAUACGUUACAAUAACACUUUUAGAAUGUUUAUUUGACAAAAAUAAAUGCGCAUACACUAUUAUUAAAGUAUCCUCAGGGCAAGCUAUGCACAUCACAAUGCAACUAUAUACAUAUAAUAUAAUAUAUUCAGUAAUUGCAUUAUAUUGUAACAUAAACCUAACAUAAAGAUAAUUACACAAAUUACGUAUAGCUAUAUCUUGUAUAUGAUUUUUAAAUUAAUUAUAAUGAAAUACAUACAUGUGUAAAAAGAUCUAUUUCUGUAAUUUUUGCAUAUCGCACAUUGUAGAUUAUAUAUAAAUUAAAUAUAUUAUAAAUAUAUUAUAUUGCUCAUGCUAUGUUUUUUUGUAUAAAGUCAAGUCAUAUAUACUUCUGCAUAUUGAUAUUGGGAGUUCCCAUGGUGAUAUCAUAUUCAUUCUUAUAUUUACAACUGUACAUUUUAUAUUUGUGGUUUUAUAAACAAUAUUUAUAAUGUGUGUGUUAUAAGCGCUUGGGAACAGUGCUGAAUGCAAGGCUAAGAAAGUGAAUAGAGAGAAGCAGAAUCUUGAGAGAGAAUCAAGCGGCUUUUCCAACGAAAACAGGAACGAGGGAUCAUAUCUUCGUACUCAACGCGUUGAUAAACAACAAACUGAAGAGGAAAAAGAUGUGCAUAAGAUGAGAUAAGCAUUUUUAUACAUAAGAAGAAUAUACAUGUAUAUAAAAGAACGGUAAAUAUAGUCAACUCGUAGUAGGGACUAACGCAAGAGUUUUUAACAUCAAGUUUAAUCUAUUUAUAAAUGAUCAAUAGAAGAGAAAACAUCGACGAGAAACGGGAAAAGAAUGUUGGUACGAUAAAUGCAAGAAGAGUAGAGGAAGAGAAAUCAGAGAUGUUAAAAGAUCUCAAUAUUAAGGUUUGCGAAUAUAUCAAUGAUGUAUGAAAAGGUGAGGUACAGGAAGCGGCGGAUAGAUGGGGAGGACGACCAACCGAAUAGGAUCAAUGUGAAUGAUAUUAAGUUCACAAACAAGUAGAUACAUAAAUGGUUUAGGAACAAUAUAUAGUGUACGUGACAUAACAAGUUGUACGUUAGUAUUAACAAAAUUUCAUUCAUGUAAUGCAUUCAAAACGCUGGAAGUACUAUUAAGAUUAUGAUACUGUUGUAUUCACGAUAAGUACAUACUAUGACUUACAUUGAAACUAAUUCGAUUUGGCACGAAAUUAAGAAACGUAGUCGAGAGUAUUUCUUAAGUUUUAAUAGAUAGUCUA